UGAAUUAAUUGUCAAUGAAUCAAGUGUCAGUGAAAUAAAGUUUGCAACCAUGUUUGAGUUCGAUAGAGUAAUUACUAGCUUUUAUCAAAAUGGACCUAUCCAGUUCGAAGUUUGCAAACAUGUCCAG